AUGCUAGACGUGCUGUCUGUCUACGAGUGGGCUAAGCGGUUCAGGGAAGGCAGGGAGUCGGUGGAGGACGAUUCACGUGAGGGAGCUCCCUCCACCUCUCGAACGGCACAAAACGUCGAUCGCCUGCGCGUGCGUGUGCUCGGAGACCGUCGGGUAAGCCUCAGAAUUUUGGAAGACGAGUUGGGUAUCAACAAGGAAAUCAUUCGACAGAUGCUACACGAGGAUUUAGGGAUGCGCAAGUUGUGCGCGAAAAUGGUUCCCAAAGUGCUCACAGUUGAGCAGAAAGAGCUUCGUUUAUCCAUCUGUGAAGACAUUAUUUCUCGAAUUGAGGAGGAAGGAGAAGACUGGAUUAUUGUUAUUACCGGAGACGAGUCUUGGGUGUUCCAGUAUGACCCUGAGACCAAACGACUGAGCAUGCAGUGGGUGGAAAAGGGGGGGAAGCGCCCCACAAAAGCCAGAAUGUCGAAAUCAAAAGUGAAAUCUUUGCUCAUCGCAUUGUUCGAUAUUAAUGGAGUUGUCCACCACGAAUACGUUCCAGCAGGCCCGUGUGUUUCGUGCACGGCCGGAAUUGGCCGAACGUGGAUGGGUGCUGCAUCACGACAACGCUCCAGCCCACUCCUCAUUCGCAGUUCGCGAUUUUUUGCCAAAAACGGCAUUCCAACGCUUCCGCACCCCCCCUACAGCCCGGACCUGGCCCCCUGCGACUUUCAUCUCUUUCCACAAUUGAAGUCCUACCUCAAGGGCAACCGAUACGACGGCGUCGAGGAGGUGCAACGUGUCACGACACGGGUGCUGAGGGACCUAUCUUCAGGGGGCUUCAGGGGGUGCUUCCAAUGGUGGAUCCAACGGUGA